UUGGCUCAAAGGUCCGCCGUAGAAAAGUUCAGCCAAAAGGGCCCAAUCAGGGUUCAGCAAAGCGACCGCGAUGUCCGUGCAGUUCCAGUCACAGAACUUUCAACACAUUUUGCGUAUGUGCAACACCAACGUGGAUGGGCGGCAGAAGGUGAUGUUCGCUUUGACGGCCAUCCGUGGUAUGGGACGUCGUAUCUCCAACAUCGUGUGCAAAAAGUGUGAUAUCGACCUGAACAAGCGCGCCGGAGAGUUGACCACUGAUGAAGUGAACAAGAUCGUGGCUGUGGUCAGCAAACCUCUUGAGUUCAAGAUCCCUGCGUGGAUGUUGAACAGGCAGCGCGACGUCAAGGACGGCAAGACUUCUCAGAAAUACGCCAACUUUUUGGACCAGGCCCUGCGCGAGGACAUUGAGCGUAUGAAGCGCGUCCGCCUUCAUCGUGGUUUGCGACACUACUGGGGCAUUCGCGUGCGUGGUCAGCACACCAAGACCACCGGACGCCAUCGAGCCUUUGCUGCCAUGGAUGGCGGCAAGAAAAAGUGAGAGGUGCGGACCAUGACCAGAGCCAAAUCAACGGAGCAAAAAGUGGCGGAUUUGAUGCGACGGAG